CCUCCAGCAGCCCCGGCCCAGGCUGGCAGCGCGGGGCGGUGCCGCGCAGCUCGCCGGGAAGCGUAGUUCGGGGCUCGGCGUUCGGGGUCGCUUCCUGUUGUCGGCGCGGAGCGCUGCCGGGACCGCAGAAUAACUGUCAGAGUCUAGAAUAAAGAAGCAUAUUCGUCAGAUAUGGAGGAGGAUACAAAGCCUCUCUUGAUUCCUGUAGGAGGCGAUGAAAGUAAUUAUGGAAUCAUGAAUAUACAGUUUAAUCCAGAAGAUUUUAAAUGCAAAAGACCAUUUCAUGUGGAGCCUACAAACAUAGUCAGCGCCAGUGAUGACAUGCAAAGAGUCUCUGACGAAGCUUCAGCAAUGAAUAAGCGGAUUCAUUACUAUAGCAGGCUCACAUCUCCUUCAGACAAGGCAUUGGUUGCUCCUGAUCACGUACUUCCAGCUCCUGAUGAAAUCUAUGUAUAUAGUCCAUUAGGAACUGCAUUUAAAGUUGACAGUUGCACAGAUGGCUAUGGUAAAAACUCCAGUAUAGUGACAAUAUUUGUGAUAUGGAAUACAAUGAUGGGCACAUCUAUAUUAAGUAUCCCAUGGGGAAUAAAGCAGGCAGGAUUUACUUCUGGAAUCAUUCUCAUCAUACUGAUGGGCAUUCUGACACUUUAUUGCUGUUACAGAGUUGUGAAAUCACGAAAAAUGAUACCUUUAACAGAUACCUCGAACUGGGAAUUCCCAGAUGUUUGCAAGUAUUAUUUUGGAUCUUUCGGUCAGUGGUCAAGCCUGUUAUUUUCUAUGGUAUCUCUUGUUGGAGCCAUGGUCGUUUAUUGGGUGCUUAUGUCCAACUUUCUGUUCAACACAGGAAAGUUUAUAUACAACUUUGUUCAUGAUAUCAAUGUAACAGAUAUUGUUCCAGGCACAAAUGGAAGUAACAAAGUCAUUUGUCCAAAUGCUGCUAGUGAUCACCCACCACAGAACCAGAGUAUGAUAUUCUCUUCUGGGAACAGUACAGGCUUUCAGCUCUUCGAGGAGUGGUGGAGCAAAUCACAAACAGUACCAUUUUACUUGAUUGCUGUUCUUCUACCCCUGCUAAAUCUGAAGUCUCCAUCCUUCUUUGCAAAGUUUAAUGUCCUAGGUACGGUUUCAGUUAUCUACUUAGUUCUUCUGGUUACUGUAAAGGCUGCUCACCUGGGAAUUCACUUAGAAUUCAACUGGUUUACAGGGAAUGAAUUUUUUGUACCAGAAUUUAGAGUUCUGUUCCCUCAGCUCACAGGGGUUCUAACGCUUGCCUUCUUCAUUCACAAUUGUGUCAUCACUCUUCUUCAAAAUAACAAGAAUCAAGAAAACAACGUGAGAGACCUCUCCAUUGCUUACUUCCUGGUGGGAUUAACAUAUCUGUAUGUUGGAGUAAUAAUUUUUGCAUCUUUUCCUUCUCCACCACUAUCCAAAGAAUGUAUUGAACAGAAUUUUCUAGAUAACUUUCCCAGCAACGACAUCAUGUCUUUUAUUGCAAGAAUAUUUCUGCUGUUCCAGAUGAUUACUGUAUACCCACUGUUGGGCUAUCUGGCACGGGUCCAGCUAUUAAGACAGGUUUUUGGAAACGCUUACCCAAGUGUUUUCCAUGUGCUUGCUCUGAACGUAGCAAUUGUAGGAGCUGGAGUAGCAAUGGCAAGAUUUUAUCCAAAUAUUGGAGGUAUCAUAAGAUACUCUGGAGCAACGUGUGGUCUGGCCUUUGUCUUUGUGUAUCCAUCACUCAUCUACGUGAUCUCCAUGCAUCGUGCUGGGCAGCUGACGUGGCCAGCGUUGAUCAUUCACAUCUUUAUAAUCCUCCUUGGACUGGCUAAUCUGAUUGCACAAUUUCUAUUCUGAAAAUCCCUUUCUCCCUGUGGCUGUCACGAGUGAUACUGUGACAUUUGGCCACAGCCUUGAGCAACAUUAUCACACUUGAUAAUGCAAUCAUCUUGAGAAAAGCUGCACCUUUGAAAUAAAUUCAAAACACAUCUUACAGGCACUUGAAAGAAAACCUGCUUUGUUCCACUAAAAACACAAUUUUGAGAUUAGUGAAAUACUUCAAAUAUGAUUGGGGUAGUUCGGUUGCUGUUGAAUAUACAUGAAGGGUUAAUGAUGCUCAGAUAUUUUAAUUUUUUAGAGCUAACUUCUCAAAACACUCAGCUUGCAGCCUUAAGCUGUAGAACUCCUCUUUCUUUUGAAAGAACUGUCCUUACCUUUAAUCUGAACGUGUUUCUGUAGUAUUGUUCACUAGUGUUUGAAAUGUUCUUUUGUUGCAAUUGUUUUACUGUUUUGUUUGGAAAAUGAAGAAAUCAUUUUCUUCCCUUUUUUCUUUUAUUUUUUACUUUUUUAAAGCUAAUUUAUUGUCAUUUGGGUCAAAAUGCGCUCUUAAUUUUGAAUAUGCUAUUAAAUUGUUUUGGCAACAUUCUUCCUGUAAAAAAUUCCAACUACAAGAAACAAUAAACUCUUAUCCCAGUGUUUUAUUCAGAACCAAUAUGUACACAAGCUAUUUGUGAUCUUAAAAUGAAAAACAUCAGGGGGUUGAAAAAAAAAUAAAACAAGACUCAAUUAAAAUCAGAAUUCCAGGCUUGACCUCACUUCAACUCUUUUAACUAAGUGAAGUUGUCUUGUCAGGAGUUAUUAUGUAGUUCUGUGGGUGCAAGAUGCUUUACAGGCUUGAUGUUUCAGACCUGAGCAGAGACAUUACAGGCAAAGCUAGCAUACUCUCAUAUUGUGCAUUAAAGGAAGUAAUUUCUGUUUUAGCUGAUUCUUAAAAGAAACUGGAAGAAUAUGGGAAAGGUGGUGGUGUUUAGUUGUUCUUGUUACUAUUGAUUUUGUUUUUAACUUCUUGUUUACCAACUGAGAGAGUGUGCAUGUGUAUGUAUACAACUUCCUUUGCCUGAGGAUCUGAGCCCUAACCUAAAAUACGUGUUUACAGCAUUACCUAGAUAAUCUGCCAUAUUUCUCUAAGGAAUAAUUCUGUGAUUUUUUUGUGUGUGAGUUUUUGUAGUGAUGAUGCAGUUCCAUUUGUCUAUCAUGGACUUUUUAAACUUUGCAAAAGACACUGUCUUCCAUAAGUGACCUUUGCCUUGUAUGAAAUACACAUAAUUAUUUCAGA